GUUUUUUUUUUUUUUUUUUUGCACUAAUUUUUCUUUUCUCUUCUUUAAAUUUUGAUAACAAUUUUUAGCUGUCUUGAUUGAAAAAUAUUGACUUUCUGUACUACUAUGGAUUGGAAAGUGUGUUGGGAACUCUUGCAGUAAAUGAAAAUUUAGGGAUUUUUACCAUUUCCUGAACAAAAUGAUGAAAUAGAGUUUGAUUUAUUUCUCAGGUUCUUGUUGUGAUUGACAUCCUAACCUAGACAACCUUUUGCAAUUUGAAGCUAGGGUGUUCUAUGAUCAAGGACAUCGAGAAGGCUCAACCUUGACCGGAGAAUGGCUUCAACUGGUGAUGAAAGAGGCAUACAGGAAGGUGGAGAAGAUUUAGGGUCUGGUGCUGUACCAAAUAAAAUCAAGUCUUCUGUUGCCCUUCUCGUUUCUACCUCUCAAAGGGACUUGAUAGACCAUGAAGACUCUCAAAAAGGUGCUUUGGAUUUCUUAACAGCGGUUCCUAGUAGAGUCGGAUUCCUGAAAUUUGCUUCAGCUACUCUAGCAUCUCCAUCAACCAGGUUCCUGCAACUUGCUGAGGAAAGAGAAGAAAUUUCACGUUCAGUUCAUUCUUCAACAGAACUUGGUUUCCGGGAACGUUUAAAUUUGAUCUUAGUUCGGAAAAUUGAUUGGGUUUCUCUGUGGAAAAUCUUCAAAAAAUGGAUCAGAGACCCAAUGAACAUUGCCGUAUUUGUUUGGAUUAUCUGUGUUGCUAUUUCGGGUGCAAUCCUGUUCCUUGUCUUAACAGGAAUGUUGAACCAUGUCCUACCAACGAAAUCCCAAAGAGAUGCCUGGUUUGAAGUCAGUAAUCAAAUCAUCAAUGCUCUCUUUACUCUUAUGUGUCUUUACCUACACCCAAAGCGAUUUCACCACCUUGUGCUUUUAUUUAGAUGGAAGCGAGACGACAUAUAUAGACUCAGAGAGACUUACUGCAAGAAUGGCACUUACAAACCCCAUGAAUGGACCCACAUGAUGGUUGUCUUGGUUCUACUCCAUGUGAACUGUUUUGCUCAGUAUGCCUUGUGUGGCCUUAACUUGGGAUACAAAAGGUCAGAACGACCAGCCAUUGGAGUUGGUCUCUGCCUCGCUGUGGCAAUUGCAGCACCCGCAUUUGCUGGUGUAUACUGCAUUAUAAGCCCCCUUGGGAAGGAGUAUGAGUCUGAAAUGGAUGAGGAAGCACAGGAUCAUAUGGUCGCUGUUGACACUCACAGUUCAAAUCACCUAAGUGUGAAUUCUUUUGAGAAGAGAUUCUCAUUAGCAUCUAGACAUGAGCAGAGGAUUGCAGAAAACAGUCCUGAGUGGAGAGGAGGUUUAUUUGAUUAUUGGGAUGAUAUUUCUGUUGCUUAUCUCACAUUCUUCUGUAGUUUCUGUGUUUUUGGGUGGAAUAUGGAGAGACUUGGGUUUGGGAACAUUUAUGUUCACAUUGUGACUUUUCUUCUGUUUUGUACUGCUCCCUUUUGGAUUUUUGGUCUUGCUGCCAUUAAUAUUAACGAUGAGACUGUUAGGGAAGCAUUGGGCAUCACAGGGAUUUUGCUUUGUGUAUUUGGCUUGCUAUAUGGGGGCUUCUGGAGGAUACAGAUGAGGAAGAAAUUCAAUUUGCCUACUAAUGACUUCUGCUGUCGUAACCCUACAGUGACUGAUUUCGUAAUGUGGCUUUUCUGUUAUUCAUGUGCUCUUGCUCAAGAAGUGCGGACGGCGAAUUUGUAUGAUAUUUUGGAAGAUAAAUUUUACAGAAAACAAAUGGAUGAGAGUAGCGAGAGGGUACUGUCUCCUUUGCCCCGUGAAAAUGGAUCAGUUCACUUGCAAUCAAGCCCAAGUCCUCGACUUUGGAAUGCCCCCAGCACAUCCGAGCUGAGGAUGCUAAACUCUCCAAGCCCUAGUAGAGUUUUCAUAGGAUAUUAUGAUCUAGAGAAGCAGCUGCCCAUGGUGGAGGAAGAUUCAGUUCCAACAGGCAAGGACAACACCAUGACACCACCAUGUCCAUCAGUGAUACAAAGAGAAGAUACACAGCCAUGACCCUUUCAAAAUGGCACUGUAAACUGCAAAAAGAAUGAUGGUGUAUGGAGAUCUAUCUAAUGAAGGAAAAUUUUUUACUGAACACCUUUUUUCAUACAUGUUCUCUACUUCUUUCCCUUAUUGGCUUUAUUUUUUGUUCUCUAUGUAACAUCAUUUUGUUUUUGUCAGAGAUUGACCUUGGUUCCACUAUAAGCUUCUUUAGGCUUUUUUAUUAAACAAUUCUUUACAGAA